GGACUAUGAGGAGAACGGAGAGAAGAAGACCGAAACCACAUACACAUACAACACCGAGUGGAAGUCAGAGGUCAUCAGCAGCAGGCACUUCGAUCAGGAGGUCGGUCACAUGAACCCCAGCGCGAUGGCGGUGGAGAGCGUGACGGUCGUGGCUCCGGACGUUUGGGUCGGGGAGCUCUUCCUGUCUAAAGGGCUGGUGGAGCAGAUCAAUGAAUUCCACACGCUGAGUCUCCAAGGACUUCCUGUUCCCGUUAUGAUCACCUUCCUGACGGUGUACGACGAUUACUUUUACCACACGGCAAACCCUCGACGUCCAGAGGUUGGAGACGUGCGCAUUCGUUUUGCUUACGCCGGUCUGAGCGGUGAUGGAGUCUAUCCUGGCCCCGCCCACAAGGUGAGAACGGCCAAUCAGAUGCCUCACUUUCUGAAUGCGACAUCAUCCUACACUGCUGGAGAGAAAUAUAAUAUA